AUGAGCAGCUCCAUGGAGGAAGAUCACGCCCUGCCGGCAACGGCGUUCUUCCCGCUAGCAGGGCCCCACAAGUUCAUCGCCGUCUUCCUCGUGUUCCUUUCGUGGGUCUUGGUCCACAGGUGGAGCCUGAGGAAGCAGAAGGGGCCAAGGUCAUGGCCGGUCAUCGGCGCGACGCUGGAGCAGCUGAGGAACUACUCCAGAAUGCACGACUGGCUCGUGGAGUACCUGGCCAAGUACCGGACGGUGACCGUCGACAUGCCCUUCACCUCAUACACCUACAUCGCCGACCCGGUGAACGUCGAGCAUGUGCUCAAAACCAACUUCAGCAAUUACCCCAAGGGAGUGGUAUACAGAUCCUACAUGGACGUGCUGCUCGGCGAUGGCAUAUUCAACGCCGACGGUGAGCUGUGGAGGAAGCAGAGGAAGACGGCGAGCUUCGAGUUUGCUUCCAAGAACCUGAGAGAUUUCAGCACAAUCGUGUUCAGGGAGUACUCUCUGAAGCUGUCGAGCAUACUGAGCCAAGCUUGCAAGGCCGACAAAGUUGUAGACAUGCAGGAACUGUACAUGAGGAUGACGCUGGACUCGAUCUGCAAGGUCGGGUUCGGGGUUGAGAUCGGCACGCUGUCGCCGGACCUCCCAGAGAACAGCUUCGCACAGGCCUUCGACGCCGCCAACAUCAUCGUGACGCUGCGGUUCAUCGACCCGCUGUGGCGCGUGAAGAAGUUCCUUCACAUCGGCUCGGAGGCCCUGCUGGAGCAGAGCAUCAGGCUCGUGGAUGAGUUCACCUACAGCGUCAUCCGCCGCCGCAAGGCCGAGAUCGUGCAGGCGCGAGCCAGCGGCAAGCAAGAGAAGAUCAAGCACGACAUCCUGUCGCGGUUCAUCGAGCUGGGGGAGGCGGGCGGUGACGACGUCAGCCUGUUCGGGGACGACAAGGGCCUCCGCGACGUUGUGCUCAACUUCGUGAUCGCCGGGAGGGACACGACGGCGACGACGCUGUCGUGGUUCACCUACAUGGCCACGAAGCACCCGGACAUGGCCGAGAAGCUCCGCCGCGAGCUGGCUGCCUUCGAGGCGGAGCGCGCCCGCGAGGAGGGCAUCGCGCUGGUCCCCUGCAGAGACGACGAGAGCUCCGACGACUCAUCGGCCUUCGCCGCCCGCGUGGCGCAGUUCGCAGGCCUCCUGAGCUACGACGGGCUCGGGAAGCUGGUGUACCUGCACGCUUGCGUGACGGAGACGCUCCGGCUGUACCCGGCGGUGCCGCAGGACCCGAAGGGCAUCGCGGAGGACGACGUGCUCCCGGACGGCACCAAGGUGCGCGCCGGCGGGAUGGUAACGUAUGUGCCCUACUCCAUGGGGCGGAUGGAGUACAACUGGGGCCCCGACGCAGCCAGUUUCAAGCCGGAGCGGUGGAUCGGCGACGACGGCGGGUUCCGCAACGCGUCGCCGUUCAAGUUCACGGCGUUCCAGGCGGGGCCACGGAUCUGCCUAGGAAAGGACUCGGCGUACCUGCAGAUGAAGAUGGCGCUGGCCAUCCUGUGCAGGUUCUUCAGGUUCGAGCUCGUGGAGGGCCACCCCGUCAAGUACCGCAUGAUGACCAUCCUCUCCAUGGCGCACGGCCUCAAGGUUCGCGUCUCCAGGGCGCCGCUCGCCUGA